AUGUUCAUAAACCCUAUAACCAAUUUAAUCUCAUUAAUUUAUAUCGCAAAUUUAGGAUCAUUAACUUUACUCUGUAGUUCUUGUAGAUACGUUAUUCGUAAGUGGCAUAUACCCAUUCUAGUUAAAACAUUUAAUGAGCAAUUAGAUAACAGGGUAGAAAAUGUUGUAGGAGUUGAUUGUGGAGCGAACCCAAGGCAUAAGCAAUCAUUAUCAAACCCUCCACCACUGAAGAGGAAUAAAAGUUGUUCUGUGAUGUUGACUCAGGCACUACUAACAAGUGAUAGAAAGUUAGUAGAGAAGCUUUUGUCAACUCGCGAUUCUGUGACAAUUGAGGAUACAGUGGCGGAACUUACUCCACCACUUGUUCUAUCGCUGUUGGAAUACAUAACGUCGAGCGUAAUAAGGACUCCAAACCAGUUAUACUCACGUGAGGGAUGGAUCAACACGCUCCUGAGGACACAUUCUGCAGUAUUCACAGGCAGUAAGAAGGGCAAAAACGCCCUAAUUAAGCUAAAUAAACAUAUAAAUGAGCGUCUGACUAUGAAUAAGGCGCUUCUGAAACUGAAGGGGAAAGUCGACAGUGUCGUCUACUACUCAAACUUGUACAAGAAACAAAAACAAAAGGAUUCCAUCCAAAUCAUGAACUCCCAAGAACCAUUACUAACUUUUACUGAAGAAUAA